CGGCGGGCCCACAAGAAAGAACCAAAAGGCUAAGGCACCCUUCCUUCCCUGUUCCACCACCCCUAACCUCUCGACCAGACCUGCCAGCCAUUUCUCAACGGCCAGUCCAUAAACACACACGCACCAGCUAUCACUGGAUGCAGCGGCAGAUUAACGAAAGGCCAGGAAGAACAGGAGUAGAACCUCCAUCGAGGGACCACUGCAUUCAUCUCCUGAUGCCGUCUCCUGCAGACACAGUAUCCAACUCGAUUCUGCUCUAUCGUCUUUAGUGGCCAUUGAAGACCACCACACUACACUAGCGCUGAUAUCUGUGCAUGGUUUGCAUUCAAUGCUGUGGAUGAGGUUCUUGCUUCAUCUUCUUCCUCUGCGGCCGCCUCGCCUAUUUGGUUAUCUCUAGUGGCAGCAAAGCUUAUAUAGGCGGCAGUCAGUCAUCGCCGUGUUGCAUUGGGUGCUUCUUGGAGGUGACAGCAGAACAGAACUGUUCGUUCUUGGGCUUGGAGAGGGAGGAAGGAUGGUGACCACCAAUCUUGAGGCCUUCCUGGAGGCUGCCACUCCACAGUUGCCAUGGCGGUCGGCUCCCAUGGAAUGUUUCCAAGGACCAAACGAUGUUUGGCAACUGGACAAGAAAGAUGUGGUGGACUACUUCACCCUUGAGGAUCUAUGGGAGCAUUAUUCUGAGAGCAGCGCAUACGGCCUCAGUGUUCCCGUCCGUCUCGAACAUGGCAAGUUCAUCACCCAGCAUUUUGUUCCCUACUUAUCGGCUAUUCAGAUAUACACCAGCAAGACAUUUGCUGUUCCCAGAAGCAUGGGAAGUGAUGAGACUGAUUCUUGGAGUGAUGAUAGCACUGCUGAGAAGCUUUGUAGGUCUUGGGAUGCUGCAUCAGAUGAUUCAUGCCCCCACCAAGACUUGGAUUCUGUUCCUGCAAAGCAAGGUGGAUACUUGAAUUUCCAGUACAGUGAAUGGGAUCCACCCUAUGAGAGGAUUCCGCUCGCCGACAAGGUGGCAGAGCUGGCUCAAGAUUACCCCUACUUGACGUCGCUCAGGAGUGCAGAAUUGUCACCUUGCAGCUGGCUAUCCGUAGCAUGUUAGUUGCAGGAUAAAAAAGACAGGAUGUAAUUGCCUUUGAUUAUGGCUAAACAGUAUCCUCUUUGACGAAACAAGAGAAUCCAUUACCUCAAAAAAAAACAGAGAGAGAGAAUCCAAGCAACAUGAAGCUACAGAGAUAUAGUCACCUUUAAGAGCUUUAUCCCUUGAGUAUAGUUGUCCAUUUGGAUUUCCCUUUUUUUCCCUAUAACCAGCUAGUCAAGAUAUUCACUUUGGCUUUGUCUUAUCCAUAAUCAGGUAUCCUAUUUAUCAUAUCCCAUAUCAUGGAAACCUGAAGGGGACCUGCGCAUGCUUUCUGACCUAUCAUUCUAUCUCGUCGGUGUUUCAAGACAAGAUUGUGCAAUGCAAGGACGAUGACGGUGCAGUAAGCAGCAG